UGGUAUGGAAGGAGCUGGACUACGGCUCGAUGACAGAGGCAGAGAAACAAAUGCUUGUUUCGGAAGUGAAUUUGCUUCGCGAGCUGAGACAUCCGAACAUUGUCCGGUAUUACGAUCGGAUCAUCGACAGAAGCAGCACAACCCUAUACAUCGUGAUGGAGUACUGUGACGGGGGUGACCUGGCUAGCUUAAUUGCAAGGUGCACAAAAGAAAGGCAUUACUUGGAAGAAAGCUUUGUUCUCCGAGUAUUGACUCAAUUGACAUUGGCCUUGAAGGAGUGUCACAGACGGAGUGAUGGUGGAGUCGCUGUGCAUCGUGACCUAAAACCAGCAAAUGUCUUUCUAGAUGGCAAGCAGAAUGUGAAACUUGGAGAUUUUGGACUGGCUAGAAUAUUGCACCAUGACACCAGCUUUGCCAAAACAUUUGUUGGAACUCCAUAUUACAUGUCUCCAGAACAAAUGAACCACAUGUCAUACAAUGAAAAAUCUGACAUCUGGUCUCUAGGAUGUCUCCUGUAUGAAUUAUGUGCUCUCUCGCCUCCAUUUAGAGCUUACAACCAAAAGGAGUUGGCAGAAAAGAUAAGGGAAGGGAAGUUCAGACGAAUACCAUAUCGUUACUCAGAGCAGUUGAACGAACUUCUCAAAGAGAUGCUGAAUGUAAAGGAUUAUUGCCGACCUUCUGUUGAAGAUAUUCUGCAGCACCCCUUGAUAGCAGACUUGGUGACAGAAGAACAAAGACAAAAUUCUGAUAAAAGAGGCCGGAGAUCAUGGGAACCAGAAAGGCUGCAGCAUUCGGAUGCUGUAGUGAAUGAACUGAAACGGAAGGAACAACAAUUACAGGAGCGAGAACAAGCCAUUAAAGAGAGAGAGCAACGUUUGGAGCAGAGAGAACGGGAACUCUGUGUUCGAGAGAGACUGGCAGAGGACAAACUUGCUAGAGCUGAAAACUUGAUGAGGAACUACAAUCUCUACAAACAGCAGAGGACAUUAGCUUGUGCAGAUGGUCCAGAUAACACACUCCCGCUCCUCUUUUCUACAACCAAGAAGAAAGUACACUUCGAUGGAAGUGAAGAGAAUGCUGUGCCUCCUAUUAAUUUGGAAAACUAUCCUCUUUCCAAAGGGAAAUGCUUUGAUCUCAAAAAACGUCUAUAUGCUGCAAAUCUACGGGCUCAAGCACUGUCUGAACUGGAAAAAAACUACCAACUAAAGAGCAGACAAAUCUUGGGCAUGCGCUGAAACUGUAACAUAGAUGUACAGUAUUUAACUUUUUAGAGUUGAUUAAAUGUAUAGGAAGAUAUUUGUGCCUCCUGCUUUUAAGCUGGAACUACUGAAAAAAUAUUUUUAACAGUUGUUUUACAAACUCUUAGUCUAUGAUAGGUAGUUCAUGAUAAGGGUAUAAGAGAUUAUAUUAUGAAAACAGGUAGUUUCGAUACCAAAUCAAACAAGCUGAAUGAGUUGUACUAUUAAAGAAAAAAAUAUUUUGGUCCUCCUUCUGUUUA